AACCUCCAGUCCAAUACGCAAUUUAUGAUUGCAAGCAAAUUAUUGUUCUUCUUUCCAAUUUAGUUGUUCACGUUCGGGGUAGUUACUACUUAGCCUUCUUCGACUCCAUGUGGUCAUUGUGGUGGCCCCCUAUUAUCCAGAUAUUUUGUGAGAAGCGGACAAUAAGAUUUGAUUUCAUGAAACACUACUGUGACCAAAACUCAGACUCUUAACUCAAUCCUCUCUGCUGUUGCUUGGAGAAGAAAGAGAGAAAGCCAUAAUGGGUUCUUUAGCCAAGAAGGCUUUAAACAAGUAUCUUUCCCAACUUAAUCAUCACCCUUUGAGAACCAAGGUAAUCACAUCUGGAGUAUUGGUUGCAUUGAGCGAUGUGACUUCCCAGAAGCUUACUGGCAUACAGAAACUUCAAUUGAAGCGAAUUUUACUUAAAGUGCUUUAUGGAUGUCUUUACCUUGGACCUUUUGCCCAUUAUCUGCACCAAAUACUAGAUAAAAUCUUCCACGGGAAAAGAGACACAAAAACGGUUGCCAAGAAGGUGGCGUUGGAACAAUUGACAGCCUCUCCUUGGAACCACUUUGUCUUCUUGGUUUAUUACGGACUGAUUAUUGAGGGAAGGACUUGGGUCCAGGUAAAAGCUAAGGUUAAAAAGGAAUUUCCUUCACUCCAGCUAACUGCUUGGAUGUUCUGGCCAUUUGUUGGUUGGAUAAAUCACCAGUUUAUGCCUCUUCAGUUUCGUGUCAUCUUCCAUAGCCUGGUCGCGUUCUGUUGGGGAUUAUUCUUGAACGUUCGAGCAAAAUCCGUGACGUUGAACAAAUCGUAGUGUAAACUAGAAUUCUGCAAAAUGUCCUGACUGGUAAAAUAUUAUCCUCGUUAGUACUUAUGACAAACUUUUCUUUAGCUUUUGUGAAAGUAAUUGUCCCCAAUGCAACUCGAUUAUUGAACUAUAUGCUUCUAGCAAUCGUCCUGGAAAUGAAAUUUUUAUGAACACUGUGAUCAAUAUGAUAAUCAUGUAUAAUUAUCUAUCAAAAUAGUGUUAAGAUAAAAAUUUCACGGGUGAA